GCAUUUACUGACAGGGGUUGGCUAUUGGAAACGAGCAAGAAAACAAAAGGGGAAGAACCGACUCAGAGUAAAGUCGAGGAAUCCUUACGAAUAACUGACGCGCUAGGGACUGGAGCUAAAAGUCAAAGGAAGAAAAAGUCAGCAUGAGGCGAAAGAUUCUUUGCUUCAGGGCCGGGAUAAACCCACCGAAUCCGAGGGCCUGGCUAGACUACACUUGGACCUGACCGACUUUUCCGAAUUUAUUUUUCGGUCCGUCUCCUCACUCGUGGUUACGGAGUACACAUUCCUGUUCAAUUCUUAGCUCACAUAGUUGGACAUUGAACAAAGUUGCUUGAGCUGGUGUUGAGUCAUUUUUUAUUUCGACGUUUCCGAGUUUGUCUCUUUCAAGGACCCGCUUUCCUGGUGGCGGAAUCGGCCGAAGCAUACCUUACCUAGCUAACUGAUGCAACUUGCCUUAUCAUCGGUUUUUUACUUCAUAUUAUAUAUAUUUUUUUUCUUCAUAUCUUCUGGAUUUAGCUUGUUUCAUUUCUUUUUACCCAGUCUGCUUCACGGUCAUUGAAAUAAAUCAAUAGGCUAGAACUAGAUCAACUAGCACGCAUUUGAUAUUUUUUUUCGGCUGCUUGCGGUUCUGAGCCUGCCUCACCUCGGAUCAGACCUCUGCACAUAACAUGAUGGGCAGCAUCGGCCUGUCGACGACAUCAGAAUCCACCAAAACUCGGCAUCGCAUCUUGUUUAUCGAUGCAUACGACUCUUUUACCAACAACAUCACAUCCCUGCUGACGACCCUCUUGGACGUCGACGUCUUCGUCCUGCCCAUCGACAGCCCGCUCCUGGACCCCGCCAGCCCAACCUUUGAGCAUGAUUUGAGACGGGAGCUGGCCCACUACGAUGCCGUGGUGUGCGGUCCCGGGCCCGGCUCGCCGCUCCGGCACCAAGACGUCGGGCUUAUGAGCAGCGUCUGGACCCUGGCCGAGCAGGACAUCGUCCCAGUCCUCGGCAUCUGUCUGGGAUUCCAGAGCUUGGUCAUCACUGCCGGCGGCAGGGUUCGCAGGCUGCGAAAGGGCUUGCAUGGCAUGGUCAGGCGCAUCGAGCACGCUGGUGAGGGUCUCUUCUCCGGCGUGGCGGAUUUCCGCGCGACGCUGUACCACAGCCUCUGUGGGGACCUCGGCCAGGACGCUGUCCCCGACUCGGAAUGGGCGGUACAGAAGUGGAAGCCGCUUCCGGGAUUCGAUGAUCUUCUGCCUCUGGCGUGGGUGGAGGAGAUCAGGGAUGGUGGGGAGUGCAGUGGUGAGGAAAGCGGCGUCGAGAGAGUGCUGAUGGCCGUCAAGCACCGCGCCAAGCCAUUCUGGGGGCUUCAGUACCACCCGGAAUCGGUGUGCACCGAGAAGGAAGGUAAUCAGGUUGUGCUUAAUUGGUUCAAGGAGGCGCUGCGCUGGAACGAGGAGAACAAACGGAACUUGAACCAUGAAGACACUAUCCUGGCCGGGCAAUCAACUAGGCCCAGUUUGCUUUCGCAGCUUCCACAGGCAAGUCGUGAAGGUGAAGCCAAAGGAGAGUCGGGAACCGAUUCAUGGCGUGACUACGGUGUCGGUUACCGAUAUUCAGGGCGCACCAUUGCCCUCCCGUCAAAUAUGAGCAUUACAGAUGUCGUCGAGAGCCUCGGCCAGGUGACUGGCAAGGAGCAGAUCGUGCUCGACUCGGCCAACGCAUCGACUGGUGGUGCGGCGGAUAUCAGGGGCCGGUAUAGCAUCGUAGCUCUAGAUGUGCCCAACACCCUGAGACUCGAGUAUCACGUUGGAGAUCCGCACGUCAAGGCCCUGUUGCCACGUGAAAUGAAGAACACAAACGGACAAGGCAGUCCAUCCCAAGAAGUAUUGAUACCGUUGGAGGGUUAUGCCAACAUCUGGCUUUUCCUAGCCGAGUUUCACGAAGAUAGGAAGCCGACCGGCACAAUGGCCUCACCUGCUGAGGAAAUCCCGUUCCUUGGUGGUUUCAUGGGCUACAUCACCUACGAGCAGGGUCUGAGCGACAUCAACGUCGACUUCCGCCAGGACAGGGGCCACUACAGGCCAGAUGUAUGUUUUGCCUGGGUUACAAAAUCACUGAUUGUUGACCACGCCAAAAGAACCAUUCACAUCCAGCAUCUCCACCCGCCAGUCACAGAGGGACAGGACUGGCUUGACAGAACAAUCGACAUUUUGAAGGGCUCUCGCAAAUGGCACGAGACCACACCGGCAAAAGCCAGGAGAGACUCGAGGUCUGAUCCAGCGGCAAGGCUCUUCGACAUGAUCUCUGCAAGCAAGCCCGCCGAGGACGCCUACGAGCGGAAAGUCAAGGCAUGCCAGGCGUAUAUCGCCGCGGGCGAGUCAUACGAGCUAUGCCUCACGGACCAAACCCGUAUCCGCCUCCCGGCAGCACCCGAGAAUGCCCCGCAGCCCCUGAGCGACAUCGCCAACAACAUCGGUACGCGGGUCGAGGUAGGCACUGCGAAGCGUCGACGCAGGAGCUCAGCCUGGAACGGGGCCGGGUCGGCGUGGCAGCUGUUCCGGACACUGCGGAGCAGACAGCCGGCGCCGUUUGCGUCGUACGUGCGCCUCGGCGGCGCCACGCUCGUCAGCAGCUCGCCCGAGCGCUUUCUCCAGUACGAUGGCGCUGGACUCUGCUCCAUGCGGCCAAUGAAAGGCACGGUCAGGAAGUCGAGCGCGUGCGCCACGCUCGCCGAGGCAGAGAGGAUUCUGCACGUCCCCAAGGAGGAGGCAGAGAACCUAAUGAUUGUCGACCUGGUUCGCCACGACCUUCAUGGCGUCUGUGGCGCCGGCAACGUCUCUUGCAGGGACCUGAUGCGAGUUGAGGAGUACCGGAGCGUCUUUCAGAUGACUACCGUGGUGGAGGGUCUGCUGCCGAGCAACGAGGACGAGGGGGGUGUCGGCCGCAGCAAGAAGCACACAGGUCUCGAUAUUCUCGCCGCCAGUCUCCCGCCAGGUAGCAUGACCGGGGCGCCCAAGAAGAGGAGCUGCGAGAUUCUGCAGGAGAUCGAGGGCCACAAGGAGCGGAGUCUUUACUCGGGCGUGGUGGGGUACAUGUGUGUCUCUGGGUCCGGCGACUGGAGCGUUACUAUCCGUAGCAUGUUCCGAUGGGAUGAUGAGUUUGCUCGAGAUGCAAAUGGCGUGGCCCUCGAUGGGCAAGACGUCUGGAGAAUAGGCGCUGGAGGUGCCGUGACAAUCUUGAGCACCCCGAGGGGGGAGUCAGAGGAGAUGUUCACGAAGCUUGCGGGGCCUAUGGGGAUAUUCUCAGCUGCGGGCUAAGUGGCUCAGGCUAUGGGUUUUCUUUCCAUUUUCUUCGUUGGUAGAAAAAAAAAAAAAAAAAAAAGGAAAAAAAACUGGUAUUAGAGGUUAUGUAAGUGGUAUUCAACGUACCUGGCAUGGGCAUGGGCAGGACAAGGUUAAACUCGGACGAGGCGUACUAUUGGGCAUUAUGGGAUCAAUAGGGUUGAUUCAACAAACAGCGUUGGGAUUUAUAUACGUUUGUUACUUUGAAUUGUUUUCUUAUAUCCAUAUCAAGUACACGAGUUAUACUUCAACCCUUGCAUUCCUUUCAGGCUUUGCGAGCUUUUCAUGAUGACCUGUCAACCAUGAAUACAAGGCAUCAACAUUGCGGCCAGUUCUUUGAAAUAGAACAGCAAAUAACAUCAAAGAUAAUUGAAACGCCGAGGUACCACACUAGCCUUCCAUGAUUCGCU